AUGUUUGCCCGCUCCGUCCUCCGCGCCGGCCGCAUCCUUACCAACCCCGCCCGCUCAGUUGCGCGGACAGUGUCCGCAUCGCCUGCAUUGCUCACCCCGUUGCCUGCUGCAUCGCGCUGGAGCCGAGCAUACGCUUCCGCGGCAACGCCCGUGUCCCCGACCGACCCGAAGCUCGGGCACGCCCAGAGCCUUCUGGAAUACGGGACGCGCGCGCUCGAGGAGGGCGACCUGCCCCGCGCCAAGGCCGCAUAUGAGGAGAGCAUCAGUGUGAUGCCGACCAGCGGGGCGUGGUUCAACCUCGGCGUGGUCGAGUACCAGCUUGCCGGACCACUGGGCGCCAUCGAGGCGUGGAAGCAGAGCAUUGCUCUCGAACCCAGCGCCGACGCUUAUACCAAUCUCGGAAGUGCGUAUAUGAUGUGCAAGCCGCCCCAGACAGCUGAGGCCAUCAAGGCGCUCACGGCGGCGAUGGAGAUCGCUCCCGAGGACCCUGAGAUCCAGUUCAACCUAGCGGCUGUGCUCGAGUCGACGGACCAGCUUGACACGGCCCUCACGCUGUACCGCAAGGCUCUGUCUGGCGGUGUUGAGCGCGCGCUCGCCAACAUCCGCAACAUUGGGGGCAAGAUCCUCGCAAAGAGACUUUCCGAUGAACAAAAGCCUGAGGACAAGGAAGACAAGUAG